UCAGCCUUGAAGAAUCCCACGCAGUAGGUGUCCUGCCCCGGGCUUGUUAAGACGAUAUGGCCAAACCACAGAUGAGCAAGAACCAGAGGCGCCGCGAAAAGAAGAAGGCUGAGAAGGCUGAGAAGAACGCUCAACCUGAGGUAUGGCCCGCCCUUUUCCUCCGCGCGCAAACAUUUCUGACAUCUCGCAGCACCCUACGCCUGUCGACGAUUCGCCGGAACCCCAGACGAAUGGCGAGCAUGUAACAGAUCAGCCAAAUGCCACUGAGCCAAAUGGCGUGGCAGACCUCCAAGUCCAGAAGGAUGCAUCCAUCCCCGAUAAGACAGAGCCCGAUGGACCCGUCGAGAUGGAGUACGACAUUGACGAUCCCGCUUUUGCCAUGUACAAGCACAUCUUCACCCACUUCGGUGUUUCGAGGGAAGAGGACGACAUUGCCAAGGAGGCCAAUGCUGGCAACCAGGGAGAAGUCUUCUUCGACGACGACGACGAGAUUCCCGACGAGGACGAAGAGACCGGACCCAAGAAGCUAUCCAAGAAGAAGCGGAAGCAGCUCAACAAGCUCUCCGUGGCUGAGCUGAAAGCGCUCGUCACGAAGCCUGAAGUGGUUGAGUGGCAUGACACCUCUUCCCACGAUCCACGCCUGCUGGUCCAGAUCAAGGCUCAACGAAACGUCGUGCCUGUUCCCUCACAUUGGUCCCUGAAGCGGGAGUAUCUAUCCUCCAAACGUGGUAUCGAGAAGUCCGCUUUCAAGCUUCCCAAGUUCAUCGCAGACACCGGUAUCGCAGAAAUGAGAGACGCAGUCCUGGAGAAGCAAGCCGAGCAGAGUCUCAAACAAAAGCAAAGGGAGCGCGUACAGGGAAAGCUUGGAAAGCUCGACAUCGAUUACCAGAAGCUAUACGAUGCCUUCUUCAGAUUCCAGGAGAAGCCGACCUUGACGCGGUUUGGCGAGGUAUACUACGAGGGCAAGGAGUAUGAGACGGAUCUGAGGCAUCUUCGACCCGGCGAGAUGAGCGAGACCCUUAAGGAGGCACUUAGUAUUCCUCCGGGCGCUCCGCCGCCUUGGUUGAUCCACCAGCAGCGCUUUGGGCCCCCUCCCUCAUAUCCCUCUCUUCGUAUUCCUGGUCUCAACGCUCCCAUCCCACCAGGCGCGCAGUGGGGCUUCAACCCUGGCUGCUGGGGCAAGCCACCGGUAGAUGAGUACAACCGUCCUCUCUUUGGUGGUGAUAUCUUUGGUAUCAUGCAGCCUAGUCAAGCCGCACCGCCCUCGGGCGAACCUGUGGAGCGCAGCCUCUGGGGUGAACUACAACCACCCGAGGAAGAGUCUGAGGAGGAGGAAGAAGAGGACGAGGACGAGGACGAGGAUGAAGACGAAGAGGACGUUGGCGCUGGUCUCCAGACACCUUCCGGCAUGGAGACCCCUGGUGGUAUGAAGAGCAGUGUCCCUACCGAGUAUGGUACACAGACCGAAUCCAUUGGCGGUGAAUUCGAUCUCCGCAAAAACAAACGUGGUUAUGAGACCGAGGACAGCACGCAUCCUCGCUCCGCGUACACUGUAAUUCCAGAACGUCAAGCACGCGCAGAAGGUUUCUUCGGCAGUGACAGAACGUAUGACCUCAGCAAGUCUGGGCACGGCGAUAUGCGCGUGCUCGGUCAAGACGAAGACAGGGGCCAGAAACGCAAGAAGCCCGGCGACGUUGAUGUGGCUCUUGAUCCCGAAGCUCUCGUGUCCGGAGACGGCAUCAGCAAGGAUGAAUUGAAGCGGCGAUACGAGGAGAGUAGGCGCGAAGAGGGCCCUGGCGCUCAAUGGAACAACAGGGCCGAGGGUCUUGAUGAAAUGAUUGCUAAUGAGAGCCGGAAGAGACUCAAGCGAGAUGAGGAGAAGAGGGAUGACAGGAAGAAGUACAAGUUCUAGGCAUUCAUACUCGUAGUUCAGGCCGUUGGGUGUAUAGGCGUUUGUGUGCUGAAAACUGGGUGUAUCGCUAGGGCUUUGAAUCUGUAUAAAAUUUGUGAUACCUCUAUUAAUAACGGAUUCCUUGUGCUGAUACAUA